CAGUCGAACCGCUCCGGCGUUUCUCACUGUGACGAAUCCGGAAUCACUCAUUGCAAUCCCGAGUCCGUUUCGAGUUCACUUUCUCCAACCUUUCGUGGUCUUGAGUUCACCGUGAAGGAGGGCCUCCGCUCGACUUCAAUAUGAGCAUCUUUCACAACCCCGAAGACUCCUCAAAACCUUACAAAGAGCCGACACCUCUGCCGGACGAUGUUCCCAAGGUCAAGGAGUUGGGUACGACGAGUGCACCAUUGAAGAGUGCUGCAUUCUUCAUUGGUGCUCAUUGCAAGGAGUACAAUGAGGACUUCAUGCUCUGCAAGAACGAGAACCGUGAUCCCGCACAUUGUCUCAAGGAAGGCCGACGUGUGACGCGCUGUGCGCAAGACAUGAUUACGAAAAUGAGGGAGAACUGCUUGCAGGAAUGGGAUAAACACUGGAAUUGCUUGGAGUUGAAUAACCAUGAGUAUUACAUGUGUCGCAAACCUGAGCGCACUCUCAACAAGUGUAUGUUCGAGAAGCUUGUGAGUAUCUCCUCCCCUACACCUUGUAUUCGAUCUACGGAACGGUUUGAAUAUGAUUCAUGUCUACGUUUACUCUUCGUAUCGCUCACUGCUAACUGCAGGGUCUCACCAAGACUAUCCCUGGCACACCAGAAGGCCAAACGCCUAUUCACGAGGUCAAGCGACCGGUAUUCACUGGUGUACAGAAGUAGUUCGACACAAUAGAUUGCUGCUCUAUUUUACCUCUCAUGGUUCCAACCAUAUGCCCCUGCCUUCUGAUCUAAGCCGCCUGCAAGUCAGCUAUGAAGCGGAUGGACGGCGUAGACUGUGUUAAAUUGCGAAGGUGUACGAAGAAGUAGCAUGCUGAUAAGGUAUUACAAUCCUAAGUACAAGAAAGAGAACACUACAUGACGAAGGAUGAUCAUGCUGGUAAUAAUUAAUUCAUGGAUGGUGGUAACACAGAAAGAGUCCGUGCGGUAGAGUGGGUCGUAGAAUGUGAUCAGAACAUGACGUAGUAGAUUGCUUUUCAUCUUCGAUAACUUGUAAGAACUCGAUGAGCCCAGUUCACGCGACUCCGACCAGAUGGCGGGCCCAGGGGUACUUUGAACGGUGCACACAAGUCCAGGGUAACACGACGUGAGAGGAAUCAUAACGACUGAGGCGGUGG